UAUCAGCAAUCAACCAAAACAAACACUUUAACUCAACAGUUCAGUUUAAAAAUAUACAUAUUUAACAAAAAACAGGCUACCAAGCAACAUGUCUGAUCUUAGCAUCAGCGGAACUCAGGUGCAGCCACAGCCCCCGCCACCUGUCGCCGAACCCUUUCGCAUAACAACGAAUGCGCCACAAAUGAUUGAUGCAAACCUGACGGAGGGACGUCGAAAGCUUCAGAAGUGGCUGGGACGCGUCUUGCGAAUCGUUAUUACCGACGGACGUGUAUUGGUUGGUUUCUUCAACUGCACGGAUCGGGAUGCCAACAUUGUGUUGUCCAUGUGCGCCGAGUAUCUGGUGGAGGGACAAGAGCCUCGUCUGCUGGGCAACGUCAUGGUGGCCAAGAAGCAUAUUGUGUCUCUGAACAUUGACGAGCCCAGGCCCUCAUCAAUUAUUUGAGUAUCCUUUUAAAUAUUGUAAGAAUAUAAGUGCUCCAUACAUGUGUUAAUAUGUAUAAACAGCGAACAAAAAAAGUAUGGCAACAUCGUAGUCGUUUGUGGACUACCUAUGCAUGUUAGUCCGUUUAAGAAUAAAAGUAAUAUCAAAUCAUGAAUAUACACAUGACUAAAA